CGGCAAUAGCAUGUCUGGAUUUGACGCCGCAAGGAGCAACAUUAAGGAGGAGCGCCACGAGGAGCGCGGGACGGCAGAGAGGCACGGACACGGGGCCGAGGAGACACCGAAGGAUCUUCGUCACAGCGUCCUCGCGGAGAAGGACAGCCGUCGACACAACGUGCCAGCCAGCAAUGGGCACCACGUGAUAAACGGGCUGGCAUCACUGAUGAAUGGAAAGGAAGAUAGUGAUGAUAGUGAUGAAGAGAGAGAUACAGAUCUGAGCGAAGCUGCUGACGUCACCAGCUCCGGCAACGCGGCCGAGGAUAAGCACCACGCCAGCCUCGCCUACGUGUCGGGCCCCGAGACCCACGGCAUAUCUUCCACGGAGACGCUGCUGAUGAACAUUCAAGGUCUGCUGAAGGUCGCCGCCGACAACGCGCGCCAGCAAGAGAGACAGGUCAACUACGAGAGAGCCGAACUUAAGAUGGAGUUGCUGAGAGAGAGGGAGCUGAGAGACAACCUGGAGAAACAGCUCGUGGAGGAGCAGAAGAUGAGAAUCAUAUUCCAGAAGCGGUUGAAGAAGGAGAAGAAGGCGCGCAAGAAGCUUCACGAUGACAUGCAUCGCGAGCAGAAGAGACGCCAGCAGCUGGAGGAAGCUCUCUCCCAGGCGUGCCCACCCGAUGCUCUCCGCAUGCUCAAUGAAUCCCUGUCCAAAGACGUCGACAUGGAGCGAACAUCAAGAAAUGAAAACGAGAGAAAACUGCCUACAACCGAUUUCAUGCAAGAGUACACUACGCGAGCGAUGUCCUGCAUAGUGCCCAGCUACCAAGACAGCAAGAUGGCGCACUCGAUGGCUCACGUUCCACCGGUACAGAGCGUCAUCCCGUGAGCAGCUAAUAACUCCGCGGCUCCACGGCUCACACUCACACGUCGACCAAAGGAUUCAUAUCACACACACUCUCUCUCUCUCUCUCUCUCGCGCUCUCUCUAUCUCUCUCUCUAUAGUAAACUAAAAAAAAUUCUCCCGUCAUGCACUCCUUCUCUCGCUUGAGGUCGCCCACUGAUUGGCGUUGUCGGAGUGACUAUCACAUACAGAGGAGGAAAGCUGGUGAUACGGACGGAGUACUUAUAUGCCUGCUGUUAUAUCUGUCUAAUCAUUGCUCGUCUAUAGCUAUAGAUCUGAAGUUGAAUCGUUCACCGAAUUUCUAUCGUACUUCUUCCAUUUGCAGAUGUUUAGCGUUUAAUCUGAGAUGUUGUUAUCGAUGUUUAUGUUGAUGGAUGAAAAUGUGACACGUUCUUGACAGGCAGUCUCUGCGAAUGUCCGCGUGUUCCUAUUAUGAAUGUUUCCAUGUUGUGUGAUCACACUCUUAACUAUGAUAUUUCUGUGCCUUGUUAUAUAAGAUAUCAUUUUCUCACGCACAGUUUGUUUUAUCUCAUACGAAGGAAAUUUUACACAAAAACCAUUAUCUCGGUGAAAAUACCUAUUGGUGUAAAUUUGGUGAGGUGUCGCAAGAUCAACAUCUGAAUGUAGCUAUUAUAGUGUGUAUAUGUAGGUAGAAACGGACACAUAGGCCCGCGUAGAAAGUCGAUUCUGUAUUAAAUGAAGACGUAUUUCAGCCAAAGAAUUUGUGUAUAUUUAAUGACAUAUAGAAUUUAGAUUAUUGAUGUAUUUAGCAGCGUGUAUUCACGUGUAAGAUGCACAGACACUACCACAGCAAUCCGCCAUUUUCCCAAUGCCGUCCGCUGUGGCUCUUCGGACCAAAUUUUUGUCUAUGUAGGUGCAAAUAAUAAAUAUGCACGUUUAUUAUGUAUUCAUGUAAACCACGUGACCCGUCUGCGUGAAUGCGUACGUUGUGUACUUGAAUCGGUUUGCUGUGGUAGGUUCGUGAAUGCAUUAUAAUUAAAUUGAAGUUGUUUCUAAUAUCUGCUACCGUACAGUAACUGUGAAUCUCUUAAAUUUACGUCAAAAGAGUCAUAUUAUAUGUAAUUUUAUUUUGUUUAUCGGUAUGAUGAACAUUAUUAUGUAUCUUCUAUGUAUAGUAUGCUAGUGUGAUAAUAAUGUUUAGGUUGAUCAUAUUAUAUGAUAUAGUUGUUGUCAUUGUACAGCAUAUGUAUAUGUAUA